AUGCAGGCUGAAAGAGGUCUCAGAGAAGAAGAACCUGUGUGCUCUGUCACCGUGUGCGCUCGCCUACAGCAGAAGAGAGGUUGCAAUGGCUUUUGCUAGCUACGCUGCAGUGUUCAGGUCACUCCUUUUGGUGCUGGUUCUAGCACUCACCGUAAGGAGCUCGCCUCACGGGAGGGUAGCUCAUCCUCGACCCAACAAGCACAGUGGCUCUGAGAGGCUUAAUGAAGACUGCCAGAAGGAUCCCAAAUUCCCUACAACGGUGAAAGUUGACAUUCGCAUCAGCCGUUCAGAUUCUGCCUUUAAGAUAAUCCAUGAUGUCAGGAACCGGUCUCUCGCUCCCUGGGAUUACAGGCUCGACGAGGACCCCAACCGCUUCCCCCAGGUGAUCGCUGAUGCCAAGUGCCGCCUCUCCGGCUGUGUGAACACACUGGGACAGGAGGACCACAGCCUCAACUCCGUCCCCAUCAAACAGGAGAUUCUCGUCCUCCGCCGGGAGCAUCAGGGCUGCCCGCCAACCUACCGCCUGGAGAAGAAACUCAUCACGGUGGGAUGCACGUGUGCUGCUCCGGUCGUCCGCUACCAGUCCUAGAAGGAAUUAGCAGUGGGUGCAGCACUGGGAAGAAGAGGUCUCUCCUAUGAACACCUUGCAGGAGGAAUCCCAGGUACCCACUUUGCAUCCCAGGAAUUCAGCGUGACUUUUCCUUUCUGAACCUGAGCACAUUACUUCCUGAGAGUACUGAUUCUUGUUGUUCAUUUGUGGAUUUUAGCACGGGAAUUGCCAGUAGAUAAUGGUGGAGGGGGGAAAGGGAAAUGGAGGAAAAGUUGUGUUUGUGACAGCAAGCAGGGAGGGGGUAAAGCAGUGCUUUCUUUUUUCACUGCAGCUCAUAUCAGUUUGGUGAACCAAAUGAAUUACAGUUUCAAAAGAUGAUCUCGGCCGUAAAUUGCCCAAAUAUAUAGACGCCAGUCAACACUGUCACAAAAAUCCCCACUCCUGCACCUUCUCCCUCCAUUCCUCAUCCCCUUUUUCUCCUCCAGCCGUCACUGCUCCCUCUUCUAGUGUACAUCUGGCAUAAGUGCCACCAGGCCUGGUGCUCAUCACACUCCGCUUUUUUGUAACUGCUGCUUCAUGGACUUCUUUGUCCAUGGAGUCAGCAGCUGCUGACUUAUUGCAGAGCAAUCUGAGAGAGACUUGAUCCCACUUUGAGUGGUAAAACAGUAAAGAACUAAUAAGUGUUUAUAUUUCUAUUUAUAUUUUCUAUUUAUGACCGUAUUUAUGGCUUUGUAUGUGCUGAGAGUAUCCAAAACCUGGUAAAUGUUUAUUUGUAUUUAUUCAAUAAUUUAUCAGCUGAAUAAAAUAAAAUCAGUAUUUUAUUU